ACGGAAAUCUAGUAGCAACAUAUAACGACUACAUUCGACGAAAGUACCCCUUCCGAGCGGUCUUUAGGGAAACACGUAUCCCAAUUGCGCAGCAUAAAGGCACAGUCACGACUCCAGAUAUAGAUCCACCCAAAAAUGCCUUCAGCAUAAGCCGUCCACCAUGACCAGCUCCGUCCAAUCCCUCCCCGCCUCCAAGACGGCGGACAUAGCUCCGCCAGCGCAUACGGGUCCAAUAGACAGCCUCGACACCGAUGCGGCGAAACUCUACACACAUGUCCAUCCCGUUCUCCUCCUCUCCCUCUACGCAUACCGCUUCAAAGCCAUCGUCGCCGACCCCGUUCCUGCGCUCGCGUCAACUCUUCCCUGGCUCCUGGUCCUGCAAGCGGCGUACGCAAUAAUAUGUCUGCCACCGGCCGGUGGAGGCACAGCAGUGAGGGAGAAGGAGAAACGCAGGCCGGGAGAGAAAAAGAAAAAGGUUGAGAGGAACAGGAUGGAGAAUGUGUGGCCCAAACUAUUGCUCAUCUGCCUCUCCCUCGUUGGCAGCAUCGUCCUCGCUAUCCUUCCGAUCAUGAUAACGCUCGUGCUCAUGGGGGCCCCGCUAACGACCUACCUCGACCGCACGGCGCUUUGCGCAGCGCAUCUUGCGCUUCUUACUACAGUGCCGUUGGUCUACGUCCAUGGGAUUUCGGCGAGCACGUGUAGGAAGAUUGUGGGGUUGAUGGUUCCGAUUGACGAGGUUCAGGGCGGGAUGAUUGGGACGUUGGUGGGGGCUUGGUUGGGGGCGGUGCCGAUUCCUCUGGAUUGGGAUCGCGAGUGGCAGAAGUGGCCGGUGACGAUUGUUACGGGGGCCUACUUUGGGUUUGCAAUUGGGAAGACGCUGGGUGGGAGUUUGUUGAAGGGGAAGAAGAUUAGUUUUGAUCCUUAGGUCUAUGGGGGAUUGGUUAUUGUACGAUAUGGUGUAUGGCUGUACAAAGGGUUUGGAGGCGAAGCGCUAUAUCCCCAGUGGGCUUUGCUAUUAUUGCGCAGACCUCACGCACAUGGGUGGAACUCUCUUCCAAUGUCUACACAAUUCCCUUUAUUUGGGACACCAUCUCCUGUUGCUGGCACGCAAAACCAGCGAUUAGCCCGUUGUACAUAGAUAUACCUCGGAGCAGUUCCGAAAACCAGCGGAACGCUUCCGAAACGGCUCCAACAUGCGGUCCAACCCAACCACAAGAACC